AAAAUUUUAAGCAAAGAAUAAAUUCAAAAUUCAAACUUUUUUAACAGUUGUUGUAACACACAUAGGUUCAUUAUUAUUUCCCGUAUUUCAAUAUCGAGACACAUCCUCUUAAAGGAGGGGGUGGUGAGGAGAUUUGCAACAAAAUGAAUAUGAAUGUGAGGGUGACAGUUAAUGACAGGAAAACAUCUUUUCGUAUUAAAUAUUCUGUGCACGGCUUUAAUUUUAUCUUUUAAGUGUAUGCUAUUAAAAAUGGUUGCAAUUUAUACACGAAAAUGUAUAGUGAAAAGGGUGCAAUAAGAAAAAUACCACUUGAAAUGACAAAAACAUGGGUGGGUGUAUAGGAAUUUCACGUGCAAGAAGUGGUACAGAAGAAUCUUCUAGUUCUACUUCAAGACCUAGUACAGGUAACAGUAGAAAAAAUCACCCUUUGUGCCAUGAAACGAUUCGAUGGAAGUCGGACGUUCCUUUGACCGAAGGUCAACUUCGUAGUAAAAGAGACGAAUUUUGGGAAACAGCCCCGGCCUUCGAUGGCCGAAAAGAAAUAUGGGACGCAUUACGUGCCGCUGCGGUCGCAGCAGAAGCAAAGGACUAUGAAUUAGCUCAAGCAAUUCUGGAUGGGGCCAGUGUGUCUGUGCCAAAUGGAUAUCUGACAGAGUGUUAUGAUGAGUUAGGGGCCAGAUAUCAGGUCCCCAUUUAUUGCCUUUCAUAUCCAAUAAAUAUAGUAAAAGAAGACAGCGGCAGGGAGUCUCCAGCUGAAUGUUCAGAACCAUUGGAUGGGGGUACAGAAACAACACUCAAAUUACGCUUAUCACAUAUUUGCAGUGAUGUUAAGUUAUCUGUAUAUACCACAGACACUAUUGGAGUGUGCAAGAAAAAGUUACAGAGUCAGGAAGGGAUUGAGUCUUCGAAACAAAGAUGGUUUUAUGGAGGUAAACUACUGGGUGAUAAGUUGCAUGUGGAAGAAGCAAAAAUUCCAUCUGGAAAUGUUGUACAAGUUAUAAUAAAUCCAGAAGUGAUAACACAGCCUGCACAAAAUUCAUGAGACUGCAUAAUAAUGUACACAAACUUUUUUAUAUGUUAUGGCAUCUGUGUGAUUUUUCAAGCGUGUAAGUACGUGGACUACACCAUAUCAAAAUAAAUAAAA